AUGAUUGGGAGUGUUGCAGCGCGUCACCGACAAAAACAAAUUCUAGCAAUGAAUUACAAUGAUAAUGAUUCAUUCAAUAGUAUGAAGAUCAAAUCUCCAGAAUUGCUUGACAACAAUCGAAUCGAUCGUAAUGCACAAGUUCGUCUAUGGAAAGAAAAACGUCAUGUUCGACGCAAACUGAUUCGUGAUCUACCUACGUCGCCAAUCCUUGAAGAUUAUCCUGGGUACACAGAUUCUUUUCUCAUUUUUGAGGAAGUCCGAAUGACUAUGACAGUGGAUUUGCGUUCUGUUGUACGCUAUCAAGUACCAAUCUUAUUGGAGAAAUUGCUGUCCUCGCCUGCUUUCAUUACAGGCAGUAUUCGCAAUCUGGUUAAAGAAAAACAAAUCGAUGUUUGCUUUGAACAAAAUCGAAAAAUUGCAAAUUUAACAAGUUCAGUGACAACGAAUUCGACAGCAACAGCCACUACAACAUCACCGCCACCACCACCACAAGCGAAUUUUCAAUUUGUGUCUCUAGAUAAGUAUGCGUCAUCUCCGUUAUCUUCUACAAAUGUAAUUGUUGGGGAUUCGGCGGUUGAUAGAAAUGAAUCGAGCAACACGAAUGUCAACUCGCAAAGCAGUUUCAGCACAGAAGUCGAGCAAUCCUCAUCAUCUUCAAAUGUUCUGGCUAAUCGAAAGCGAACACGCAAAGCAUUAACUCAAAUACCAAAAGGUAAAGAAAAUUGUUUUUCAUUUGACAACGACAAUGAUGAUGAACAUGAUCAAGAUGAAGUUAUCCAUUCUGUUGGCUCUCAAUUAUCUUCAGGUGGUCGAUAA